UAUCUCCUUAUCUUUCAAAAGCGCUCUUGUCCUCUCCGUCUCCUUUCAUUCUUAUUUUCCUAAGUUCCUUUCUAAGAGAUUUUCCCCGAGAAAUAUCUGUGAGUAAUCUUGUUUAAGUUCUUACUCUGUUAAUUGACGGAGAAAAGCUCUGUCCGGUGGUUUUUUGGGACAUUCUCUACCCCUUUUCCCUUGAAGAUAUUUGCUUUGCGGUGCCUUUCUCUUUCUCUUGUGUUCUUCUGCAACUUUUAACAACAAAAAUUUCUUUUCCUUUUCCUUUUUCUCCCCUCUCCUUUUAUCUUACCACUUUACUUGAAAUUUAUCUUCCUUUGAUCAACUUUUGAGAAUACCUUUGAACCGCUUAAUGCUGGAUUUCUCUCCAUAUCAAGCUUCUCUUUAACGUGUUCUUUCUUUCAGCUUUUUAACUUUUCAACCCUUUAUUCUCCUCGUGUCUUGUUCUAAAGGAAUCUCUUCUUUUUAUUUUACUCCCUACUAUUACUCUCAGUGAGAAGUGAAAGAAUCUGAAAACCUAGAGAACCCAAAACGAAGAUUGUGAAAAAAUGGAUACUUGCCUUGUUCCUUCAAUCAAAUACACAGAGCACCGCAAUCAAACCAAGCCCUUUUCACCAUUGUUACAUGCCAGACUCGAAAAUCAGCCAGAAAUGAAGCAUCGAAUCGUUCGGAUUACUGUUACUGAUGCUGACGCCACUGAUUCCUCUAGCGAUGAUGAAGAAGAAGAAAGACCGAGAACCCGAGUUUGUUCCCGGAACAGAGUCAAGAAAUUUGUUAACGAGAUAACUAUCAAGUCAUCAUCUCCCACUGAGAACGACGUCCUAGGCAGAAGUAAACCAUCGUUAUCGUUGUCCAGAGCUCCUCGAAAAAGGCCGGCGUCUGUUGCUGAGGGUAAAGGUAAAGCGCCUGCAAGAGUUCCGGCGGGAAAGAAGUUCAGAGGAGUGAGGCAACGACCAUGGGGGAAAUGGGCGGCUGAGAUUAGAGACCCUCUAAGACGUGUACGGCUUUGGUUAGGCACCUACAACACUGCCGAAGAGGCAGCAAUGGUUUAUGACACCGCGGCUAUCCAGCUGCGUGGACCAGACGCGCUCACCAACUUUUCGACUCCCCAACAGAACCGGUCGGUUCAAGAUAAAGCCAGCCAAAAACCGUUAUCCAACUCAGAUUACAUCUCGGAGGAAGAAUCUCUUAAAACUGAUCCCUGCUCUCCAACUUCCGUUCUUCGCUGCCACUCACUCUCAGUCGACGAAGUCGACUCGCAAAGCGUCAAAGAACGGCCCGUUGUCGAGAGCGAUCCUCGAGAUGUCGUCGACGACUGCUUAUCGGGAGAAAACUUCCCAGAUAUCUCCGACUAUUCCUCUUUGUUUCCCGGUGACAUGUUUUGUUCGGUGCCCGAUUUUUUCGACGAUAAUACGAGUUUACACGAAAGCUUUUUAAAUGAUGAGUUCGGGGACGGUGGUUUCGAGUUUGGAUUUGGUGGCUUCCAUCAUGUUGAUGACCAUUUCCAAGAUAUCGAGGAUUUGUUCGGGUCGGAUCCUCUAUUAGCUAUUUAAGAGAGCGUUUCUUUGUUUUCCCUUGUGUAAUGCCGGUUUCUCGGCAAUUUUUACAUCGGCCGAACUGAAAAAUAUUG